UAAAGAAACUCUGUGCGCGCUACUGUAUUGGUGUUGGAUGGUGUGUGCGAUAUACGAGGCAUGUGACCAUCCCCAGAAAUUGUAAAAUGAACUAGUAAAGAAUCUAGUCCCUGGAGUAGGAUUUAAGGCAAGAAUUGGGAUCAAAACUUGGAUAUUUGGUGCCCCAUCGUUUCUUUCCAUCGAUUUGAUUACCCUAUUUUACCAUGCACUCUUCUUCAAUACCAACUAAAAUUUAACACAGUUGAAAUCUCCUGUUCAGUGUUGCAAUUAUUGCCCGGUUAGCCCAAUUCAAGGAGUGGUUGAAAAAUGGAGAAACUUUUCAUCAUUUAUGUCAAUAUGUAUGCUUAGAUUAAUAGCUGACCUCAACACGUUGUUUAAUUAAAGCCACCCACAUGCUUUGUUCGCUAUUUUCUUCUCUCGUUGGGUCACUCGCUCGCAUAUAAAAGUAGGGAGUAGGGAGUGAGCUUAGAACAAGCACCCACAAAAAAAUGGUACCGAAAUUUUUGUUGCUAUUGUGUUGUUGUUUCUUCACAGUGUGUUUAGCGGCCAAUGUCACCUACGAUCGCCGCUCGCUUAUCAUCGAUGGGCAGCGGAAGCUCCUCAUCUCUGCUUCCAUUCAUUACCCUCGUAGUGUACCUGCGAUGUGGCCGGGGUUGGUUCAGACGGCCAAGGAAGGAGGGGUAGACGUCAUUGAAACUUAUGUCUUCUGGAACGGGCAUGAACCUUCUCCUGACAAUUAUUAUUUUGGUGGGAGGUUCGAUCUGGUAAAGUUUGUCAAGAUCGUUCAGCAAGCGGGGAUGUACUUGAUUCUGCGAAUAGGCCCAUUUGUUGCAGCUGAAUGGAAUUAUGGGGGUGUGCCUGUUUGGUUGCAUUAUGUGCCUGGUACCAUCUUUCGGACUGAUAGUGAGCCCUUCAAGUAUCACAUGCAGAAGUUCAUGACAUACAUAGUGAACCUUAUGAAACAGGAGAAACUUUUUGCUUCACAGGGAGGUCCAAUCAUCUUGUCCCAGGUUGAAAAUGAGUAUGGUUACUAUGAGACAUUUUAUGGAGAAGGGGGAAAACGAUAUGCCAUGUGGGCGGCUAAAAUGGCUCUGUCCCAAAAUAUUGGUGUACCUUGGAUGAUGUGCCAGCAGUAUGAUGCUCCUGACCCUGUGAUUGACACUUGCAACUCUUUUUACUGUGAUCAAUUCAAACCUAUUUCUCCAAACAAGCCAAAAAUUUGGACAGAGAAUUGGCCUGGAUGGUUUAAAACAUUUGGAGGCGCGGAUCCUCACAGACCACCUGCAGAUAUUGCUUUUGCUGUUGCUCGUUUUUUCCAAAAAGGGGGCAGUGUACAAAAUUAUUACAUGUAUCAUGGUGGAACAAAUUUUGGUCGCACUGCUGGUGGUCCAUUCAUGACUACAAGUUAUGACUAUAAUGCACCAAUUGAUGAAUAUGGGUUAGCUAGGCUUCCAAAAUGGAGUCAUCUUAAGGAACUUCAUAAAGCUAUCAAGUUAUGUGAGCUAGCGUUGUUGAAUAGUGAUCCGAUUAAUGCGUCACUAGGCCCUUCUCAAGAGGCCGAUGUAUAUGCUGAUGCUUCAGGAGCAUGUGCUGCCUUUCUCUCAAAUACUGAUGACAAAAAUGACAAGACCGUAGUAUUUCGGAAUGCAUCAUACCACCUGCCUGCAUGGUCAGUCAGCAUCCUGCCCGACUGCAAAAAUGUGGUAUUCAACACGGCAAAGGUGGGUUCCCAGGCCUCUGCGGUUGAAAUGGUACCUGAGAAUUUGCAGCCAUCAGUACCAUCAUCCAAUAAAGGCUUGAAAGAUCUUAAAUGGGCAGUGUUCAUGGAAAAAUCAGGGAUCUGGGGAGAGGCAGACUUCAUUAAGAAUGGACUUGUGGAUCACAUCAAUACCACACAAGAUACUACUGACUAUCUCUGGUAUACGACAAGUAUAAUUGUUGGUGACGAUGAGGAGUUCUUGAAGAAGGGCAGCCAACCAGUUCUUCUAAUUGAAUCCAAGGGUCAUGCUCUACAUGCUUUUGUGAAUCAGGAACUUCAAGGUAGUGCUUCUGGGAAUGGCACCCGUUCACGCUUCAAAUUUAAGAAGCCUAUCUCUCUUAAAGUUGGGAAGAAUGAAAUUGCUCUACUAAGCAUGACUGUCGGCUUACAAACUGCCGGACCAUUUUAUGAAUGGAUAGGAGCUGGACCAACAAGUGUCAAGAUUAAGGGAUUCAAUAAUGGAACAGUGGACUUGUCUACAUAUAAUUGGACUUACAAGAUUGGAUUGCAAGGAGAACACCUAGGUUUAUACAAUGUGGAUGGUGCGGUUAAGGUCAAUUGGCAAGCAACCGCAAACCCACCUAAGCAACAGCCUUUGACAUGGUACAAGGUUGUUAUUGAUCCUCCAUCAGGGACUGAACCUGUUGCGCUGGACAUGCUUUAUAUGGGGAAAGGUGUGGCUUGGUUGAAUGGUGAAGGAAUUGGAAGAUACUGGCCGAGGAAAACAACCAUGUAUGUGAAGUGUGUUAAAGAAUGCGACUAUAGGGGUAAAUUCAGUCCUGACAAAUGCAAUACUGGAUGUGGCGAACCUUCGCAGAGAUGGUACCACGUUCCACGGUCUUGGUUCAAGCCAUCUGGAAAUGUACUGGUGAUCUUCGAGGAAAAGGGUGGAGAUCCUACGAAAAUUAAAUUCGCAAGACGAAAGGUAGCUAGUGUUUGUGCUUUCAUUGGGGAGGACUACCCGUUAGCUGAACAUGAGUAUGGAAUUGAGAACAACAGCAGUAGAGCCGCUGUCCAUCUGAAGUGCCCAGAAAACGCUCGUAUAUCGACUGUAAAAUUUGCCAGUUUUGGGACUCCUACCGGAACAUGUGGAUCAUACCUCAAAGGAGACUGCCAUGAUCCUAAUUCCAUUUCAGUAGUUGAAAAGGUCUGCCUGAACAAAAAUGAGUGUACCAUAGAGCUUACAGGUGAGAAUUUCAAUACCGGAGUAUGUUCCGGCGCGACAAAGAAACUCGCAGUUGAAGCAGUCUGCAGCUGAACCUAAUGCUGUUCAACCCCUCCAGUACCAUAUUUUUUUUGCUACAAAUACCAGGAAGCGAAACUCAGAGUGGAAGCAGAUUUAUGAAGGACUUCUCUUUCUCCCAGUUUCUUUACAAUUUGAAUUUUUUUUUUGUUGUUGCGGGAAUUACUAGUUUUAUGAUUCCUUUUACUUGAGAGGAGUGUUGUACUAAAGCAGGCAUCAAGCCAUUUUGUGACUGAAAAUGUUAUAUAUUAUAUUCGGUUUAACCGUUGAACAU